AAAAAUAUUAUUAAAACGUAUAAAAUAUGGCACUGGAAUUAAUUCUAUUGGGAGCCUUAAUAUUCAUUUUCAUUGUCUCCUUUUGUGGUUUGCUACAGAAAAUCAGGCAAACUUACGAGCGAGAGCGUCUUUUGGCUGAAAGACUCCGACGUCGACCUCCUAGAAGAGUUUCAAACAUUGAAGUUUUCACUGUUUUUCCAGCUGUUGCUGCUCCUCCCCCUUAUACACAAAAUUACAUUGAUGAGCCUCCUAAAUAUGAAGAAAUAAUCAAAGCAGAUGAUGAUAUUAUGAGAAUUACUAAUCCUCCGCCUUAUACAAUUACAAUUAAUUAAUUUGAUAAAUAAAUGUAAUUUUAAUUAAAAUGCUGUAAACGUA